AUGUCUUUAACUAGAAAUUUUUUUAAUUUUAAUAACACCAAUAACGUUGAAAAGGAAAAUGCCAUCAAAUUGGUAAAUACCGUUUGGCAAUGUUUUGAUAAUUUAAUAGACCCUCCUUUGAAAAAAAACGAAAAAGAAAAAGUUUUAGAGCAGCAAGAUUCAUUCGAAGGAAAAUUAUUUCUUGAAGAGAAUACAUUAAAAGAACGACUAGAAUAUUUGAAUAGUAUAGUUACAAAAAAACGUCAAGAACUUGGAUUAUCAGAUUCCAAAUUAGAACAAGCAUUUCAUAAUGCAAGACUAAAACAAAGACGUCAUAUUUCAAUAAAUGAUAUAUUUGAAGAGGUCUUGGAUCAAUUUAAUUUUUUCAUUACCAACAAUUCUAAUAAUUCUAAUUCUAAAACUCCUAAGAUUCUUAAUGUUAAUGAGAAUGAUGAUGACGAUAAAUUAAAUAUCACCGAAAAUGAGAAUGAUGAUAACGAUAAAUUUGAUAUCAUUAUUUAUGAUAACUAUAAAUUUAAUAAUAUCAUUACAAAUCUUUUGAUAAAGUUUCUGAUUCCUAAUUUAUUAAUGCCCAAUUCUCCUUAUCUUUUUACAGGAGCAAUUGUAUUGCUGUUACGGAAUUUAUAUCUAACUAUGAAAGUAACCUUAAAAUCAUUUGAAGUUCUUAGGAGUUCAAAUAAAAAAUUCGAUGAAAUUAUAGCUUGCCACAAAAAUCAUUUUAUGUUACAUUUUAAUAAUUUAGAACGUGAUUUAAAUGAAAUGGUUAAAUUAUUACAAUUGAAUGACCAAAACUUUGGCAAAUGCCAGUAUGAAAAAUUUCAAAUGCGAUGUGACAGCGAAAUAUCAUUGGAAGAAAAUCAAGGCACUUUAUCAAAAACCGGGAUUGGAGCUGCGAUUGUUGGUGGAUUGGCGCUUCUGAUUGGGGCUGCCAUUUCUGUCAAUCCUAGUAAUUUAGAAAAUGCGAGAAAAUGUGGAAAAAUCGCGGCAGUAGCAGGGGGAGCCACCCUUGCAGCAACAGGAAUAUCCCAUCUCUGUGCUCAUUACAAAAUUGAAAAAUCUGUUGAAUAUCAAAAAAGUAUGAUCCAAGAGUUAACUAAAAUGCAUAAAGAUUUGCUUAAAUGGGAAAUCGGAAGUAUUCAAAUUAAAGAGAAAGAUUAUAAUGAGAUGGACUUUCAUACUAGAAAACAACUUGUUUUAUUAUUUCAGGGUUAUGAACAAAUGAACGAAAGGGUUAAAGAUUUUUUCACACAUUAA